AUGGGGAACAACAGCACUACUGUCACUGAGUUUGUUCUUCAGGGACUCACAGAUGCUUGUGAAUUCCAGAUGCUCAUCUUCGUGGGGCUCCUCCUGACCUACCUUAUCACACUGCUAGGGAACCUCCUGAUCAUUGUUGUCACUCUGAUGGAUCAUCGUCUUCACACCCCCAUGUACUACUUUCUCAGAAACUUUGCUGUUCUGGAGAUCUGGUUCACUUCUGUCAUCUUUCCCAAGAUGCUGAAUAACAUCCUAACAGGCAAUAAGACCAUCUCCUUGGUAGGAUGUUUCCUGCAGGGUUUUCUUUACUUCUUCUUAGGAACUACAGAAUUUCUCCUCCUGGCUGUGAUGUCCUUUGACCGGUAUGUGGCAAUCUGUAACCCUUUGCGUUAUGCCACUAUCAUGAGCAAAAGGAUCUGUGUCCAGCUGGUGUUGUCUUCAUGGUUGGGAGGUUUCCUUCUCAUCAUUGUCCCAAGUUACAUCACACUUCAGCAGCCUUUCUGUGGCCCCAAUGUCAUCAAUCAUUUUUUCUGUGACAAUUUCCCACUGCUAGAGCUUAUAUGUGCAGACACAAGCAUAUUAGAAUUAAUAGGCUUCAUUGGGGCCAAUGUCAGUCUUUUGGGCACCUUAUCUGUGACUGCCUCCUGUUAUGGUCAUAUCCUCUACACAAUCCUGCGCAUCCCCUCAGCCAAGGAGAGACAGAAAGCCUUUUCCACUUGCUCCUCCCACAUCAUUGUGGUAUCACUCUUUUAUGGAAGCUGUAUCUUUAUGUAUGUCAGGACAGGUAAGGGCAAUGAGGGAGAGGAACUAAACAAGGUGGUGGCCAUUCUUAACACUGUGGUGACUCCAAUGCUCAAUCCUUUCAUCUACACCCUGAGGAACAAACAGGUGAAACUGGUGAUUAAGGAAAAGGUGGGAAAAUGGAUCUCACAGGCCUGA